AUGAACUCCUACCUGGAGUACCUGUCUCGCGGCGAUGCCCUGCGCGCCCCGCCUAGCUUCUGCCCUACAGACCCCAGCGCCGUCGCCCUGCAGCCCUCGUGCCCCCUGGGCAGGGAGAGCGCGUACCUGGGCAGCCGGCUAGUGCCAGGCGCGGGGACUGCGCCCGGCCCGCCCCAGCGCCCAGCGCAGCAGCCGCGGCCAACCACGGCCUCUCGCUUUGCUGCCUGCGCUCUGUCGGGGGCUUACGACUCCGGUCCACCUGCUGCUGACUUCAACGUCCUGCCCCCGAGCUCAGGCUACGCCCUGCCCUACGGAGCCAGUGCCCAGGUGGAGGACGCUGGCGGGGGGCACCUGCGCUAUGCAACUUCCAUCUUCUCCGGCAGCGGAUCGCCGCUCCCGGUGGGUUACAGCGCCUUGGCAGAGCAAAGCCACUUCCACCCCUGCCUCAAAGAACGGCCUGGCGUCCAGCCGGGGGGCUUCCAGAGCGUCUCCCCCUCUCCGGGGACCUACCCCAAGCCCACCUCUCCGGCCUCAGGGGGCGCGCUCGGCACCUUCGAGUGGAUGAAAGUGAAAAGAAAUGCGCCCAAGAAAAGCAAACUCUCCGCCUAUGGGGUGCAUAGCCCCCCCAGCACCGUGCGGACCCAUUUCAGCACCAAGCAGCUCACAGAACUUGAAAAGGAGUUUCAUUUCAAUAAGUACCUCACCCGGGCCCGCCGCGUAGAGAUCGCGCACUCGCUCCGCCUUAAUGACACUCAAGUGAAAAUCUGGUUCCAAAACAGAAGAAUGAAACAAAAGAAACGGGAAAGAGAAGGGCUGCUGAUCCCUUCACCUGCCGGAUCCCCCUCCGCGCAAAGCCCCGCCAAGUCAGGCAGGAAUUCUGUACCCUCCUCUCCUGCCAAAGACUUCUGCUGA